AUGAACGCAGCAGUUGUGACAAAUGUUGGACUUAUUGUCGACGUUGUCAUCGUCGCUCGUUGUUUAGAUGACGCGGAACUUGCGGGUGUAGAAGGGAGAGGAAGCUCCCUCGAGAGCACUACAGAUGUCAUCAAAGGGGCGUCCACUUCCUUCUCUGUUUUUAGUUCACGAAAGUCGUCUUCCCGGGGGGUUUAUUUCAUCACCGAUGGGAAUGCUUCGGUUACACACACCAAUAUAGGGGAUGGAACAGGAAUGACAUCAUGUGACAGCAGCGACCUGUUGUCGAUCCCGGUUGCGAGUUCCAUCCUUAACGAUGACGUGCAUUACGAAUGCCGCGCCGUGAAACGACCGCUGCCUCAGCGCAUCUUUCAUCAUUUUGAUGUUUUACCGUUUGGUGUCAUAAGUCCAUCUGCUGUGUUUGCUGUUCUUGGACGACACACCAAUAGGGGACUUGUUACAGCCAUUACCACGGAAGGCUUAUUUGUAGUUCGACGUUAUGCCAGCGGUGCACCUCUCAAAAUUACCCCACGCGGUUUGGACAGAAAGAGAGUAACAGAAGAGGAUGUGGAGAUUAUAUCUACAUUUAGUAAAUCAGAUGCCGUGGAUAUGGAUAUCAAAACCUUUAUGUCUAUUGCUAGACAAUACAAGGAGCGGUACGAUGAAAGCAAUAGCGGGAACGCGGAUAACUACAACCAGGACACGGGUAGAACUCUAGACAGCUCUAAUGGCAGCGAGUGCCUGUUCAGCGAUGAGAGUGAAAACGGUAAAUGGCGCACACCUGAGGAUAUUGAGUACUGUGCUCUGAGGGAACUGCAGUUAGCGCCUUCACUUGCACUGCACGAUCCUGUGCCACCUUUACGUGUUGGUUCGAGGGUAAUUGCUAGACGAAGCUGCAGUGGCAUUUCUCUGCACAUUGCCCGUGUAUGCAGAGUGAAUUAUGAUGUGACGUACACGCUUGUCUACGAGUCGGACGGCGCCACAGAAACGGGUGUGUUGCACAAUGAUGUGCAUCUGCUUGACGAGUCUGAGGCGGAACAGUGCAGCGUAAGAGACAACGUAACCGUAAUUCUGCACAAGCAGAGGCCAGCCGUUAUCAUCGAGUGUUGUGGUGAUGAAAACUACCGCGUCAUUAUUGAUCAGAACCGCAACCAAGCUGUAUCCAUAAAGGGUAGUAAUAUUGUGUUCGUUGCGCCACUUUUGAAGGAAGCGUUAUACGCUGACCCGGUUAUAUUACGGUGGUUCCGAGAACUUGAUCGUACGCGGGCGGGUGUUGUCGAAUGGAAGGAUGUCAGACACCUCAUACUUAGUUGGGAAGGUUACGAUACGGAACGAACAUUUAGAAAAAUAGGGGAAGCACAGAGAGAUCUGUGUCUACGGCUUGGAUGUAUGGAACCACAAUUGAUGAAGAGAGUCCCCGUUCAGAUGGAUGAGAUGCAGUUGCGUUUCCCUGAGUUCGAGUACGUCAUCCUUCGACUGAAAAAUUUGUUUUGA